AUGACCAAAAAUGACCAUUCUGACUUCAGCGGGUACCUAAUUUCGAACGAUUCAAGCUACGAAAGCGAAGACUUGCGCGGAUCAAAUUACUGGUCUCCAAGGCUUGAUCUUUCAUCAUCAGUUUCGAUGCACAACUUGAGCCUCAAUUCACCUUCCACUCCAAAAUACCCAAAUCGUCAACUUGGCAGCCCAAAGAAACCAAAGCAGCAAGAAGUCCCAAAUUAUCUUCCGCGAUAUGGCUCUAGAAUGUCCCUAUCUUCGCUCGCCGAAAGCCGCCGCUCGACGAAAACAACAACGACUACUGGCAACUCGAUCCGGACGAAUUUGUCGAAAACGAAGUCAAUUUCCAAUCUUUCUCAGAUUUCUCGAUUGUCGACCAGAUCAACUUCUCAGCGAAAUUCGACUGGACUCACUAAAUCGCACUCGAACUGGGACUUGGCGACGAGAAGCCCGAAACGAUCACCACGGGAGAAUUCUGUGACUUCUGAUGCUUGGCCUGAAAAUCAAGUAAAUACUGUAGCAAACCGCUUCGCCAGCCGUCUGAAACAAUACGACUCGAUGGAACACGAAUUAAAAUCAAUGAAACAAAAACGCUCCGAACUUUCUCGCUCCCUCCGCAUGCUCGAUUCUGGCACUGAUGGUGCAAGCAGACAUAAAGCGAGACAACGAAAGGAUCAGCUUGAAAUUGAACUGGAUGCUGUUGAUCGCGAAAUUCAUUCAUUGAAAUUGGGACUGUCGCAAUAA